UAACUUUCUGCAUCGACACAGAGUGAUCACAGCUGCCCAGAGACCCACUGAUUCUGUCAAAGAUUUAAGAAAAGUUAGAAAGACGUAGAGGACAGAUCUGUUUCUACAGUUAACAGACAAGAACCAAUCAGAGAUGGAGCUACUGACAACCGCUGUCGUCAUCUUCCUUCUUACAACAGCCUGCGCUAAGCCGAUUGUUCAGCAUCGGUAUUAUGAUGCUGACAUCUCUGAUGAUGACUGGAAACAGGAAUCACCGGACAGGCACGACUUGCUGUCUUGGCAGCCUAAUGAAUCUUUCAGCUUUGAAGACUCUUCCUCACAGUCACAGGAAUCUUCAGAGCAACAGGAAUCUUUAGAGUCACACGAAUCUUCAGAGUCACACGAAUCUUCAGAGUCACACGAAUCUUCAGAGAGUUCAGAAAGUCAGUCUUCAGAAGAGUCCAGUGAGGAAAUUAAAUUCACUGAUCAGCCCACAACGGUCAUGACUACCACUGCCAUGACAACCACCACGACAGGAGGAGUUAGCGAUCUUACCCUGGGACCAGGCCCAGUGAGCACAGAUGGGCCAAAUGUGACGCCCCCGGCAGCAACAACGACCACACCUAACGUCACAUCCAACGUCACAUCCAACGUCACGCCCGAUGUCACACCUGAUGUCACACCCAACAUCACACCUGAUGUUACACCCAACGUCACAUCCAACAAUGUGACUCAUUGUGUUACUGUGGAGAUCCCGACAGCAGCUCCCAUAACAGAAAAAAGAGGAGACAACUAAGCAACUGUUCACCGACUGCAAUCAACAACCAACAAAGUCCAUCAAUUCAAAAAGCAAAAAGAUGAAUAUAUUGUUACAUUGUAACAAGUACAGAUAUUCAAUAAGGUCUAACCUAUCACAUUCCGCAGCAUAAGUUUCUGCUGUCCCAUCACACAUAUGCCACCAGCUAGGCUGUGCCUUGCAUUAUUUCCAAAUCAGAAUGUGCCGGUUACUCCAGUAAUGGACAAAGAUAGGCGACAGGAAAUCUUCGGCUCCACAGAUAUGGUUUCAUCCCAACCAGCAGCUCCACCCGAACAUCCCUCAGAAAAUAUCUCUGCAACUAAAAUGCAAAUCAUGGUCUAGUUUAACAAGCAGCCAACACCUAACCAACACUAACCUAAAGACGGAAAGUUCAAAUGUGUAGAUAUAAUGUGUAUCAAUUACAGGAUAAAUAAUGAGCUUCUAGAAAGAACCGUUUUUAGGAAGUCCGUUUUAAGUAUGGGUCAUACAUAUUUCAGUAGCCUACACCAGGGACCAAACUUCUUGUGUUAAAGCUGAUAUUUUCUUACAUGUUUGUCAUUUUUUUUAUUUCUGUUGAUACAAGUAUCUUCUAAGAUUGUGAAUAAAACAUUCAAGGUGUUAAAAACUCUCUCAGCUGAUUCACAGGUUCAGUUUUUACACCCGAUGCUUCGAUUUUCCUGUGUCUACUGAUAGUCAUUAUUAAAUGCUGUGUUUUACAUAUUGUUUUUCAGAUAGACUCUUUCAUUGUUACAUUGUUUCAGGUUUUUGUUUCUUUUUCUUGUUGUCUGAUAUGACGUGCAGUGUUUUAGCUGCGAAGACCUACCACUCAUGGUAACAGAACAUGAACAAAACUCUGCUGUGUUUAUCUUUGAGUAUUAACUGGUUGGGAAAGUAUGGAAAGGAUACUUUUGGGGUUUUCUUCCAGUGUGCCAAAAAUAGUUGAAUUGUUGGUGCUUCUACAUGGAUGUACUCCUGAAAUAGUGCUUAAAGUAUUUAUUUAGAUUUUUUUUAGUGUUACAAAAGGAUUUUCUGAGUUGCACCUGCAGCACAAGCUUGUUAAAACGAGUAGAUGAUAGUAGAUGAUUGUCGCUACAUGUAUUGCAUCGUAAGACACAAUAAGAGUCGACCUUCUGCAUGAAGCAUCCUGAGCAUGCAUCCCACAGCAGUGUGUUUAUAGGCUGUGGUGGGUGCAUCCUGUUUGUCUUGUUAGCUCUCGUCUGUUGUCUGUGCACGCUGAAUAAAACUGAGUUAUUGCCACAGUGGGUUGCUGUAAUUAUGGUUGGUGAAUUCAUCUUUUCCCAAAUUAAACAUGGCUUUGAAGACUUGACAAUACCUUAAUGUUGUCGCUGUGUUUCUGCUUGAACAUGUGUUUUGCUUUAUUUUGUUGAACUGGAUCCGAUGUGCGUAACUGAAUGUGUUGUAUAACAGUAUUGUUUUGUCUUCUAAUAAAAAAUAAAGUAUUGAAAUUA